AUGGCUGCCAAGUAUCAGAUUGUUUUAAUUCGUCACGGCGAGAGCCAAUGGAAUGUGGACAACAAGUUUACAGGUUGGCACGAUGUGCCUCUAUCCGCCAAGGGCGAGCACGAGUCGCAUGAUGCUGGCAAGGUACUCAAGGAAGCCGGCUUUAAGUUUAACUUGGCCUAUACUUCAGUGCUUAAGCGUGCUAUCAAGACGCUAUGGAACAUCCUAGAAGAGACGGACCUGAUGUGGAUCCCCGUGAUCCGUUCGUGGCGUCUUAAUGAGCGCCACUAUGGUGCGCUUACGGGACUAAACAAGCAAGAGACAGUGGAUCAGCACGGCAUCGAGAAGGUCGUGAUCUGGCGUCGCAGCUACGCCACGCCACCCCCGUCGCUCGAUGCUGACAGCCAGUACUACCCAGGAAACGACCCCAAGUACGCGGACGUGCCUAAGGAGCUCCUGCCCUUUGCGGAAUCGCUGGCCACUACGGGCGAGCGCAUGCUACCGUACUGGAAAGAGACCAUUCUUCCAUCCAUCAAGGAAGGAAAGAAGAUCGUAAUAGCGGCACACGGCAACUCGCUACGUGCGCUGGUGAAGCACCUAGAUAACAUUCCAGAGGACACGAUUACGAGCCUCAACAUCCCCACGGGUGUUCCUCUUGUCUACGACCUGGACGCAAACUUUAAUCCGGUGCCGCACAAGGACGCCAUUGCCCCGCUGUCCGGAUACUAUAUCGGCAAUCAGGAGGAGAUCAAGGCACGCAUUGCUGGCGUUGCGAACCAAACUAAGGCUUAA